CUGAGCUUUUGCAAACCGGCAGCCUCCAUUGGCUGCCAGGCGACCCUUCUGGAGGAAGGGGGAGACCAGGGGAAGACGCGGGUGCGCAUUGCAUGAGGUUUUUGCAUGCUUUGCAGCCGAUUGGUCUGCGUGCAUUGGGGAGAAUUGGAAGCAAGCUGGGGAAAGGGGCAGAGGAGGGUUGCAAGUGGUUGAAAGAAGGAGCUGAACAAGGAUGUUUGGGGCACGUUGCGUGCGCCUGGUUCUCCGCCGCUGUUCCUCUGCUCCCUGCCCCAAGCAUGCGGCAACUCCCAAACUGCUCAGAGUUCGAGAAGCGCUGGAAGUCCGAGACCCAGCAGGGCAGGACAUUAAAGUCCAGGGUUGGGUCCGUUCUGUCCGCUCCCAGAAGGACGUUCUGUUUGUUCACAUGAAUGACGGCUCCUCAUUGGAGAACCUGCAGGUGGUCGCUGACCCAGGAUUGGGACCCAGUGAGCUGACGUUUGGAAGUUCUGUCGAAGUCCAAGGGAAACUGAUAAAAAGUCCUCAUAAACGUCAAAAUGUUGAGCUGGCUGCAGAGAAUAUUCGUGUGGUGGGCCCUUGCGAUGUCCUGGCAUUCCCACUGAAGUACAAAACGCAUCACCCACUGGAUUACCUCAGGCAGUUUCCUCACGUCCGAUGCAGAACCAAUUCCUUGGGCGCACUCCUGAGACUCCGCAGCGAAGCCACGGCUGCAAUUCACUCCUUUUUCAAGGAUAACGGAUAUUUGCAUGUUCACACGCCGAUAAUUACUUCAAACGACUGUGAAGGAGCCGGGGAAAUCUUUCAAGUAGAGUCUGCAAAUGAAGAGAGAGAACCUGGAGAAAACCCCCAUUUCUUUGACGUCCCUGCAUUUCUGACAGUCUCUGGCCAACUCCACUUGGAAGUGAUGGCUGGGGCAUUUUCCAAGGUGUACACGUUCGGUCCGACCUUCCGGGCUGACGAUUCUCAAAGCCGCAGGCACUUAGCAGAGUUUUACAUGGUGGAAGCAGAGCUGUCUUUUGCCGAAAGCCUUCAGGAUAUCAUGCAGGUUAUAGAGGACCUUUUCAAGAAGGUGACCGACACAGUUCUGUCCAGUUGCCCUCGCGAUGUUGAGCUUUUUCAUAAACACGUAGCUCCUGGUCAAGAGGCAAAGGUGGAACGGAUGCUGAAGAACCGGUUCAUAACGAUGUCCUACACGGAAGCGAUAGAGGUUUUAAAGCGAGCUCGCCAAGAAUUCAUUUACAAACCAGAGUGGGGUCGUGACCUUCAGACUGAGCAUGAGCGAUACCUGGUCCAACACUGUGGCGAGAUUCCCGUAUUUGUGUUCAACUAUCCGUAUGACCUGAAGCCGUUCUAUAUGCGGGACAAUGAAGAUGGAGCCCAACAUACAGUGUCGGCAGUUGACCUCCUUGUACCAGCAGUCGGGGAACUUUGCGGAGGCAGCCUGAGGGAAGACCGACACGAUUUCCUACAGUCCCGCCUACAGAGGCUGGGGCUUGAAGACACCUACCAAUGGUACAUAGACCUGCGUCGAUUCGGAUCAACCCCUCAUGGUGGAUUUGGAAUGGGAUUUGAGCGCUACCUCCGCUGCAUCUUGGGCGUCGAGAACAUCAAAGACGUCAUCCCCUUCCCACGGUUUUCGCACUCGUGCGUUUUGUAGCCUUUCCCGAAGAUGCCGCUGUCGCUCGUUUUUACGGAUCCAUGCCCUGCUGCCCUGACGACAAAACUGCAAUGUUGUCUGGAAAAAUAUAGAGACAACACUCCCUUUUUUUAAGCAUUGGAUAAUACUAUGGUAAACAUUGCACCAAAGACAUUUGAAGCUGAGGACAUUUUUGUAUUGCAUUGUAGGACUCACUGACUGUUUUCGGGGAGGGAAGAGAACAAUUGUCUUGUCUUUGGCCAUAACUAGAACGAACAAAAUUAAACUUUCACCAGGUGUC